GGGGUUAGAGGCGCAGCGAGAGACGGGGAGCGGCUCCCCUCAUGGCGACUCCGAGGAGAGAGCGAGGGGCGAGGAGGGGCCGAGGUCGAGCAGGAGGUGGUGGACGAGGAGGAGGAGGUGGUGGACGAGGAGGUGGACGAGGAGACGGGGGGAGAGGUUCGCAAUCGCCGCCUGCCAAGAGGAGACGGCCCGGCAGGCCUGGUAGGGAACGCGGGGAAGACAAAGACGGCCGCGUGGGGGGAGAUACAAAGACGGGCGCGAGACGAGGAGGCGGUGGACGAGGAGGUGGACGAGGUGGUGGACGAGGAGGUGGACGAGGAGGGAGAGGCUUGGACUCCGCGAAGAGGAGGAAGCUCGGGAGGGCCAGCAGGGAGAUCGGGGAAGACAAAGACGGCCGCGUGGGGGGAGAUACAAAGGCGGCCGGGAGACGAGGAGGAGGUGAACGAGGAGGGGGGAGGACGAGGAGGAGGAGGCCGACUGCUGUACAAGACACAGAUGGACUCAAAGAACCUGAGAAUGAGGACACCGUCCGGAGCCUCGUGACGCUGGUGUCAUGGACUCACAGCCACGCCCUCACCUGUCACCACCUCCCUCUCCUCCUCACUACCACCACGCCUCACCCGUCUGUCUCCUGGCGCUGUGAUUCUGGACACUCAUUCCGCUGGAGUGUCACUCCAUCUCCACUCGGACAUCCUGCCCACUCACCGCCCUCACCACCUCCACUCACUAAUGCUUACACGAAUGUCAAGAGUUCAUUACUGGAUAUAAAGCUGGAACCGGACAGUGUCACUCUGUCUGUGGCUCCACAGAGACACGCACAUUGCAAAAUCAGCGAUGGAGGAACGUCAAGCGAGAGACUGCGCAGGGGAGUGGGCGGUCGUGAGUCCACGGAGUCAAAACUCAGAACGCGACGACGGCCGAGGGAGCAAAAGGUGACCUCUGUGUCUCCAUUCUGCUGCGGAAAUGAAGGUUGCUCCAGAAGAUUCAGACGGGAGAGUGACUUGGAGAAGCACAUUCGGAGGCACGGGGAGACCCAAGGCCUCGUCUGUCCCUUCCCUGGCUGCGGAAAACUUUUCCGUGCCUCCCGGCAUCUGAGACAGCACGAGAACGUUCACUCAGAGGAGAGGAACUUCACGUGUGAGACUUGUGGCACCAGCUUCAAAAACAAACGCAACCUCAACGUUCACAUUCGCAUUCACACCGGGGAGAAGCCUCUACAGUGCCAGCUCUGCGGGUUCCGCUGCAGGCAGAAGGCCUCCCUCAACUGGCACAUGCGCAAGCACAACCUCUGUCCCACCUAUCACUUCAUGUGCGACGAGUGCGGCAAGAUGUUCGAGAAGCCGGACAGCCUGAGGCAGCACCGCACCAUCGUGCACCCCCAGAGACAGCACCGCACCACCGACGACCACCACGACCACCACCACCACGACCACCACGACCACCACCAGCACGACCACCACCACGACCACCACCAGCACGAAGAGACAGUCGGAGAGCCGCACCGUAGCCACAGCAACGCCGCAAUGGGAGCCACUGGUGGUAGCGUUGGACAGAUACAGGCGGACACGCAGACACACUCACAGGCAGACACACAGGUGGUACAGACACAGGCAGACACGCAGGUGGACACGCAGACACACUCACAGGCAGACACACAGGUGGUACAGAUACAGGCAGACUCAGGGGUGGUACAGACACAGGCAGACACACAGGCAGACACGCAGACACACUCACAGGCAGACACACAGGUGGUACAGACACAGGCAGACACGCAGGUGGACACACAGACACACUCACAGGCAGACACACAGGUGGUACAGAUACAGGCAGACUCAGGGAUGGUACAGAUACAGGCAGACACACAGGUGGUACAGAUACAGGCGGACACACAGACACACUCACAGGCAGACUCACAGGUGGUACAGAUACAGGCAGACUCAGGGGUGGUACAGAUACAGGCGGACUCAGGGGUGGUACAGACACAGAUAGACUCACAGGCAGACACACAGACACACUCACAGGCAGACACACGAACACACUCACAGGUAGACACACAAGUGGUACAAACACAGGCAGACACACAGGUGGUACAGAUACAGGCAGAUUCAGGGGUAGUACAGAUACAGGCGGACACACAGACACAUUCACAGGCAGACACACAGACACAAUCACAGAUACAGACAGACACACAGGAAAACUCACCGGCAGACGCGUGGGUGGUACAGAUAAACUCAGAGGCAGACACACAGACACACACACAUUCACAGGCAGACACACAGACACAUUCACAGGCAGACACACAGACACAUUCACAGGCAGACACACAGACAUUGAUACAGACACAGGCAGACACACAGAUGGUACAGACACACACACUUACAGGCUGACGCACAGACACACAUGCAGACAUAUGGUAGAGACAUGCAGACACACACCCACUCACAGGGUGACACACAACAACAACCGCCAUUCGCAACUAUGUGGCGGUGACGUCACCACGAUGCUUGUGCCAGGCUAGGUGCACGUUGAGGCCACAUGAAGUGUCGAACGCCCGCUGGCAGGAGGUCACGGGGCAGACCCAAGUGCCACGGGUCGACUGACUGAGAUGAGUGGCUGAUGCACCACCUGUGCCAACUUGCUGUGCUUUAGCCACCCGGCGCUCCACUCGUUCUUGUGAGCGUCGCUCCUCCGCCCUCUGUUGUUGGAGGGCGACUGCCUCCAACUGCCCAGUAGCGUCCUUCACGAGCCCCCUCCACAGAGGCCGAUUUUGACACCGCUGGUACCAGUCAUCGGCAAGUCCACUCAGCUCGACGUCCUCCUGUACCAUAUCACUCCAUCUCUUCUGUAGCCUGUGCCGCACCCGUUUAGCCCCCCCUAUCCGGCCGAACAAAAGCUGUUUAGGCAUGCGGUGGCUGGGCAUGCAGUGGCUGGGCAUGCGGGCUACAUGGCCCAGGCAACGCAGCCUUGCCUGCCGGAGGAGCUCACCGAUGGGACUUUGGCCAGAUCUUUCAAGGAUUUGCGAGCUCCUCACACAAUCCAGCCUGGUUAAACCCAGGAUUGAUCGUCAGCAAGCCAGCCUAAAUGUUUCUAACCGGCAAAGAUGUUCCAUUAGGGGGGUCCACGUUUCGCAAGCGUAGAGAAGGGAGGGAAUGACCGUGGCCCGAGAAGACCGGAAGCUUCAUGCAGAGCGACAGACCAGGUAGCUUCCACACAGCGUUACGCAAUCGAUGAAAAGAUAUUACCGCUCGAUUGAUUCGGAGUGAGACCUCUGCUGUUAAACCGGAGCCGGUCAUGAGCACACUGCCAAGGUAUGGGAAACUCCACUCUCUCCACAACUGCCCCAUCACUGAUUGGGAGUUUGUGGGGGUGGAGGGUCCGAUGGUACAAAAUACCCAGGCAGGUGCUUAGUUUUGGUGGGGCUGAUGGUAAGGCCCCACCUCUUAGUGGCACACUCCAGUUCCAGCAGCAGCGUCUCCAACUCCUCUGAAUAGCAGCAAUUAGCCUCCCAUUAUAUCUGUACCAGAUGUAAAUUCCUCCAGUACAGCUAUUGAAGGCUUCACGAACUACGUGGUCCAAAUAGAUGUUAAAUAAGGUGGGAGCCAGAGGACAUCCCUGUCGCACCCCAAGGUGUGCAGGGAAUGGCUUUGACUCCCGGCUACGUAGUUUUACCCGGGCCCGCUCACCAUCAUGAAGGUCCUUAAUGAUCGUGAGCAAAGGGUGAGGGACUCCGAAAGCACGAAGAACUACCCAUAGCCCAGGCCUACUGGUGGUAUCAUAGGCCUUGACCAGGUCAAUAAAGCAGAGAUGUAGGUCUUGUUGGAAUUCCCUACACCUCUGCUGUAGCACACGGACAGAAAAUAUGGCAUCUGUGCAGGACCGCCCUUUCCUGAAACCACAUUGGGGCUCCACAAGCCUCUCCUCAGCGUGCCUGGCAAGGCGAUGUUGAAUAAUCCUUGCCAGGACCUUUCCCAGCACACUGACGAGUGAGAUUCCCCUGUAGUUGUUACAGUCUGUGCAGUCCCCCUUAAAGAGGGGGACCACACUCACAGUCUCACACACAGCCUGGUGUACACCACCAGUAGUGACAGUGACUACAGUCACACACACAGCCUGGUGUACACCUCCAGUAGUAGUGACUACACCCAGACACUGCUCAACUACUCACCCACCCACUUCCUCACUCAUCCACUCCCUCACCCACCCACUCACCCACUCCCUCACCCACUCCCUCACCCACUCACCCAUCCACUCACCCACUCCCUCAAUCACCCACUCCCUCACCCACCCAAUCACCCACUCCC